GUGACGUGUAUAUGGACAAAUCGUUCGUCAUUUUUAAUAUAAUUUGAAAAAUAAUAAGUUGCCGCGCACCGAUUAAACAAAACUUCAGUUUAAACGGUUGGUCAGAUUGUUUUUACAAAAUAACUGACAUUCAUGACAUUUCAUUUUCGUCUUACCAGUUGAAAUUAAAAAGUGUGAUUUUCAUUAAAAUCUUACAAGCCAAACGGUCACAAUCAUUGUAUCGAGCACAUUGCAACGUUGAUGUUAUGAGUUGUUAUCGUUACAGACAGUCAUUUUAAUUAUUUCAGUAGACAAUGGCUAACAUAGCGGCGCAAAGAAUAAAACGAGAAUUUAAAGAGGUUAUCAAGAGCGAAGAGGUAGCAAAGUGUGCCAUUAAAGUAGAGCUACUGAAUGACACCUAUACAGAAUUAAAAGGUGAAAUAGCUGGACCACCAGAUACCCCCUACGAAGGGGGCAACUUUGUAUUGGAAAUAAAAGUACCUGAAACUUAUCCAUUCAACCCACCCAAAGUAAGGUUUAUGACAAAAAUAUGGCAUCCAAAUAUAUCGUCCGUAACCGGCGCUAUUUGUUUAGACAUUUUAAAAGACCAGUGGGCGGCCGCAAUGACGCUGAGGACGGUACUGUUAUCAUUGCAGGCUCUCCUGUCGGCCGCGGAACCUGACGAUCCCCAGGAUGCGGUGGUGGCCCGACAAUAUAAAGAAAAUAACGAAAUGUUCCAAACCACUGCCAGGCAUUGGACAAAUAUAUAUGCUGGAGGUCCACACGUAAAUCGGGACUGUGAUGAUAAAAUUAGAAGGCUAGUGGAUAUGGGCGUGGAAGAGCAUCAAGCACGCGCAGCCCUCUCAUCGUACAACUGGGAUCUAGAGCGAGCAACGGAACAGCUUUUUAGUUAGUGAACUUAUCGACGGUUUUAUCUCCCUUAAGCUACAAAUUACACGAGGAACUAAUUUUAUGAGAAACUCUCAAUUUUAUAUCAGGUUGUUAUCUUUGUAUCUCAAAUCCCUUUCUCAUUUUCUUUCAUCAUGACGCUGUACAUACAACAAAAAUUAAUAAAUGAGGAUUGUUUGCAUUUUAAUGAAACUAUUAAUUUUGCUGUGGAUUUAAUUUUAAUAUACAUAUUUAUUAUUACACUUUGUGAUUAUUGUUAUUAUUGUUUCCGAAGCCCGUUUUGAUUUAACUAACUGUCACAGACCGUGAGCGAAUUAUACAUAAAUGUUGUUACAUAAUCCUUUGAUAUUGAUGAUCGUUUCUUUAUUUUAUAGGGUAUAGUGUUAAUUGGCGGCUGAUUUCAAUAUGCAAAUUGUAAAUAAAUGAAUUAAUAUUCUUGA